AUGCAGAUAAAAAACAAGCGGGGAAAGACUAAGACAUGUUUUGAUGAGGAUAUUGCACUUAUGAAGAAAGUGCUUCUCAAAGGUAAUAGUUGUCCGGAAAAUUUCGACCAGGUAAAAAGGAUGUUGGCUGGCCUCGGUCUUGAUCACCAAAAGAUAGACGCUUGCGUCAAUAACUACUUCUUGUAUUACAAAGACAACAAGGAUGAAGUUGAGUGCCCACACUGCUACGAGCCAAGGUAUGAAGCUUCCACUUCAUCUAAGGAGAAAAAGCCCAUUCCUAGGAAGGUUCUUCGUUACUUCCCGUUGGGUCCUCGUUUGCAACGUCUGUACAUGUCUUCACAUACAACCAAACAUAUGAGAUGGCACCAGGCAAGGCAACAAGGAGAUGAGAGGAUAGAUCCGGAUAAUCUCACACACCCCGCAGACGGGGAGGCUUGGAAGCACUUUGACCGUUCUUUUCCCGAAUUUGCUGGAGACUGUCGAAAUGUCAGACUCAGACUUGCAACAGACGGAUUCAAUCCUACUGGAAACAUGAAUUUGUCUUACAGCAUUUGGCCUGUGAUAGUAUUUCCGUACAAUCUACUUCCCAACAUGUAUAUGAGGAAAGAGUACAAUUUCCUUACGCUUAUGGUUCCAGAGCCUUGUUCUCUAGGAAAGUGCUUGGAUGUGUACAUGAGACCAUUAAUUGACGAGUUGCAGGAGUUAUGGGAAAAUGGACUCCUUACUUUUGACAGGCAUGGUCAAACUUCAUUCAUAAUGAAAGCAGCUGUUAUUUGGACCAUCAGUGAUUUUCCAGCUUACGGGAUGUUGUUUGGCCAACAAACUAAAGGGUACAAGGCUUGCCCGGUAUGCAUAGAUGACGUCAAUUCUAGUUGGCACGCCGACAAAAUUUGUUUCUUGGGAUCUCGUAGACAUCUUCCCGAGGAUCACGAGUGGCGGUGGGAUGCUGAUGCAUUUGAUGGGACUGAGGAGCAUAAUCUGAAACCCCCAGGGAGGUCUGGUGAGUGGAUUUUGGAGAGGCUUAACCAGCACUGGUACGGAUAUUUGAGCACGAGUAAAGAAGUAACCGACUUGAAUCCUCCCACGCCUAAUGAGUUUAAGUAUUGGACGCACAAAAGUGUAUUCUUUGAAUUGCCUUACUGGUCGACCUUGAAAAUUAGACACAACUUGGAUGUCAUGCACAUAGAGAAUAAUGUUUGUGACAGCAUUCUUGGAACAAUUAUGAAUCUCAAACAUAAGAACAAAGACACCCCCAAAGCCCGUGUUGAUCUUAAGAUGAUGGAUAUACGCCCCCAACUAUGGCUAAUAGAGAGCAAAAAAACAAAAUAA